AUGAUCCAAUGCUCAUGGCUAUUAGCAGUGUAUAUGUUGCCACUGGGGUUACUUUUAACUGAUUUGCCGUUUGCAUCGACUUCUGGCCGAAGUGACUUGGAGUCUGGCCCGAAUCUCAAAUCUCGAGUGCAACAACGACAACACAAGCGCAGUAACGUAUUGGUCACGAUGCAGUCGAAUUUUAAGGACGUUUUUACCAGGUUAAGAGGCCAGAAGUUUCGCUCGCGUGGUCACCGCGUGACGACGCUCAAAGACAAUCUUGAAAAUUUUGCAAUUGCGUCUCAACGUGGUGUGCGCGAGCACUUAAGCAAAGCAAGGGACAAAUUCGCAAGGUCUGAGAGCUUCUGGAUCACAAAUCAAGUAUAUGUACAGCAGGCGACUCCCGACCUCGUCAAGCAACUUUCAAACUUACCGGGCGUGCAAUCCGUAGAUUUCGAAAUGAUUAUUCCAGCUUCAACACCAGUGCUUACAACUCAGUCAAUGUCUGCUUCAACGUCUGCAGCUCAAUGGGGUGUAAGUAAGAUUAAAGCUCCAGAUGUCUGGGCUACUGGUAACACAGGUCAGGGAGUCGUGAUUGGCUCUAUCGACACUGGUGUGCGUGGUACUCAUGAGGCUCUAGUAAAUAACUUUCGAAAAAGCUAUGGUUGGUACGAUCCUGAAACGAGAGCUCCUACUCCGUAUGAUUCAACGGGUCAUGGAACUCACGUAAUGGGCAUAAUAGCUGGUCAAUUUGGCUUUGGUGUGGCACCCAGUGCGACGUGGAUCGCAUGCAAAGGUUGUCGAGCCCGGGGUUGCUACGGAUCGGACCUGUUAGCAUGUUUUCAGUUCAUGUUGUGUCCCACAACGCCCAGUGGCACUGGAAAGGACUGCUCAAAAGCACCAAAUAUUGUAAACAAUAGUUGGGGUGGUGGGCAAGGUCUGACAAUGUUCGAUGGAGUCAUUCGCGCGUGGCGAGCAGCAGCAUCACCGGGUGAUUCAGCUAGUGUCAUCACAGUCGGGGCAACUGAUAUCAAUGACGUUUUGGCCUCUUUCAGUAGCAAAGGUCCAACCAUAAAGGGGUUACGAAAACCUGAUGUUGCAGCGCCAGGAGCUUUAAUCUUGUCGUCAUGCUGGACAGAUGAUUCAUCAUACUGCUUUAAGUCCGGUUCGAGCAUGGCGGCGCCUCAUGUGGCUGGUGCCAUCGCUUUAUUUUUAAGUGCCAACCCUGGAACUUCUUAUGAUAAAAUCAAAGAACUUUUGCAAUCUCGAUCGGUCACUACUUCGCUAACAACCCCGACAGGUUUUACGUGUGGUAAGACUCACGAUCGAAGCUUCCCUAAUAAUCAGUAUGGAUAUGGUCGAGUUGAUAUUUUUAAUACCCUGCGCUAA